AGUUUUCCUUUUUCAGAUGAAAGAUAUUAAUGUUAAACACAAACGUUCAAUGCACAGUGUAUAAAGAAGUUAUGACCUGUGUCCAAGGAUGUCAGCGAUCAGCGCGGUCUGACCAGCAAGAGAUGUCUGUCCCUCAACCGGAUGUUAGCUUAGAUCUCGACCGGAAGUAUCGACUAGAGAAACAAAUCGGCCGGGGAGGUUUUGGAACGGUCUAUUCUGCACUUAGGAUUGAAGAUGGGAAUAAAGUAGCAGUUAAACAAAUCUGUAAAAACCGUGUACAAUCCUGGGGACAGAUUGAGGGCCAAAGUUACCCAAAGGAAGUUUGCAUCCUACUACAUCUCAGCAAGGUGAAAAGCGUAAUAGACUUGUAUGACUGCUAUCAGAACGAGAACGCCUAUCUCCUAGGAAAUAUGUUUAUGAAAAAAAACUUUUAAAAAAAAUUUGUUCGUAAUGAAUGAACCUUUGGUAUGGUAUAGGUAUUCAAUAUAUUUUCCAAUAUAAGAUUUUCGGCAAAAAUAGCAAUAGUGGAAAAAUUCAAUUUACAAUUUAUUUGAACAAUCUAGGACUGAGAGAAAUAAUUUUGCUUUUGACACCGAUAGAUUAUAUUUAUUAAUAUUUCAAAAAAAUAGUUUCAGGCUAUUCAGAAUUAUUGGUACACCUUUCGGACCUCCCUAACCUCAUUUUACAAUCAACAGUUAGAAAAAACUAAUUUAUUGAAAAUUUAAAUACUUCUUCUAACCUAAACAGCUGGACAGAUAAAGAUAAAGGUUUAUAAAUAAAAACUUUAAUGUUAACAGCCAAUA